UCAUCUCUCUCUUGUCCAUACAUUUUACUCACACCACACAGAGUUGACAGAGGUGUGCUACAGGAUGCCUUCGAGAAGGCAGUCGACAUUAGAAAUGGACGAUGAUGACCCGUUGUCUGGAAUGGGUGAGGACGAUGGGAUUGAAGGCAAUAUCAAGGGGUCUGCGUCCAGCGAACAGAGAAAGCGUCAGAACCGGGCAGCUCAGAGAGAGUUUCGUAUGCGAAAGCAGCAAUAUGUCCGCGAUCUCGAAGCCCGAGUCGAAGUUCUCUCCGGAGACAAGGAAGAGCGCGUGGAACUCAUGGUCCUAUUGAUUCGAAAUCUCCUCAAGGAAAACAAGGAUCUCCGAGACAUGGUUAAGAAUAUGGCCUCAUUUGUCGGAGAAGGUCUGGGAUCCUGUCUUCCCCGUCUCGGUCUAUCGGCUCCCCAGCUCGAUGCGAUCCUGAACCGAGCCGACACAGAUACCGCCUACGACGCGUUCAUUGCUCUCAAGGCGUCCAAAGAAUUGGAAGAAGCUAAUCCCGGGAUCCCGCUGGGUCUCGUAAGGAAGCGGGAGGGGAACCCCUCGGGAUCAGCGGCGAAACGUAAACGGUCCUCGGUCAUUGACCAGGAAGGUGGUCCACCGACUGGAGACAGUGGUGGGGUGUCCAAUCGCGAUGAGCCGCCUCGCGGAUCAUCUUCCUCGGUGCCUCCUGCUGGCCACAAGGAUACACCUGAAGAUGUCAAGCCAUCUAGCGACGCGAUCAACAUGCCCGGCCCUUACUCUUACCUCUUUCCCGAUCUCGAAGCGUUCGCUGCGAAUCCUGCUCAGCCGAUGAACGGUCUAGGGUUGAUGCCUGGCCAGCCUCAGACACCGUUCGCCGCUCCAUUCCCCCUGACUCCCGGCUAUUUCAGCACGUUCCCUCUCGGUGCAGGUACAGGAAUGACUCCGUUCGCAUCGCAAUUCGGUCUCGGAAAUUACAUGGCUCCAGCGGCUUUUGCCAAUCAAAUAGGAUCCAUGCCUGGUCCUUCGGCUCUGCCCAGUGUACCGUCGGCAGCAGAUUACCUGACUGGAUUUGGUCUGACCUUGCCACCAGCUCAACCCAUGUCUGCAUUUGCAGGAGGAGCCAGACCUGAUGGAGGCGAUUAUGCCGCUCGACAUCCACCAGAACCGCCCGCCACGGAACUAUCUCGGACUUCUUCUGGCAACACUCCUAUCAGAUCUACUACAAAUACCCCACAGCAGACUAAACCUCAACCAUCUGCACCUGCGAAACCACCCGGUAUGGCAGAAGAAAUGGACCGACAGAGACGAUUACGAGAGGCCGUGGCGAAGAUCAGCGCUGCGAGUUCUAAAAGAGGUCAACAGGAUACAGAAUUCACCCCUGCGGAAAUUGUCGAGAGAGCGUGUAUCCAUGCAGAGGUUCAAAAGGUCAUGCGGGAGUCUCACAUGGACGACAGGACGACGGAAGCGUUUAGACUGACUGCAUAUCACUUGUUCAACUAUCGUUUGAAUCAUUCCUAUGUAUUGCCACCCUCUUUGACACCGACUCCCAUCCAGCGCACAAUCCCUCAUGAGUAUGUCAUUGACGGGAUGAUCUACCCAACGUUGCGUGAUCGGAUGAUUCUGCUUCGGGGCCAAUACGAUCUCGUCUCUGCUUUGACCGAUAUCGUCCUACAAACCCGAGUUCAUGGAGACGAUGUCUUGAAUCAUGAGUAUUGGGAAAUCGGGGAAGAAUGGCUGAGAAAAUACUCAUUCCUCGUCGACGACACCAUCCUUGAUAUAUGCAACAAGUGGAGAAAAAAGCGUGGAGACCCUCCUGUCAUCCUGUCGUCUGAAAGUCAGCACCCUUCUGAAGCUGUGAAUUCUAGUUGGCAACAUACUAUCAAGUCGUGACGGCCUCAUUUGGCCGAACUUGUACCCCAUCUUCUGUGUCUGCGGCCUUAUGUAUCGCUAUUGCAUGGUGUGUCAGCCU